AUGAUCGAGGCGUGGAAAGGCAUCGGGAAAAAUAGCCCUACGGACGCGGAGGAGCAAAACGAUGAGGACCACUACCUGUUGUCUGCGUUGCGGCAGCUGCACGCCAAGCUGGUGGCUGCUCAGCCGGCGUUCACCGAGGAGGAUGUUAUCGUCAUGGCGUACCCUUCGCCAAGCGGAUCGCCGACGCACUCGCCGCGCGAACAAGAUGCCGAUGGCGAACAGGACGACUUCUCAUGGAAUGCGGGGACCGAGACACCCGGUAGACAACGCCCUGUGACAACGGGCACGGACAACAGUAACGCUGUAUCCUCCUCUCCUGUUGAAGGCGCGGCGUCCUCGAAGAUUACGGCUGUGGAUAAGGAUAAACAGCUAACUUCUCGUGAGUUUCUUGCAAUGGUGCGGAACUUUGAUGCGAAGUCCCUUUUGCGGACUAGGAAGGCAGCGUUGGAUGCGUUGAGGCUUCUGUGCGAUGGCUACGCUCUGACGUGGCGGGAUACGCGGCACCUCCCGAAUACAACACUUGUGAGCUCUGCUGGCUCCUCCCGUUCAGCAGCAACCGCCACGCGCGACUUGGCCACCUGCGGCCACGCCUCUGAGUUGCCGGUGGUGCGACGCCCUUCCUUUGCUUUGUCAUCGUCUUUUCGUGUUCCAAUGCACAGCCCAUCUAAACGCUUGGUCCAGCUUAUGGGCAGGUGCGCGGAAUCACUAUUGGUGUACGCCAACGAGUCACCAUCGCUGCGCACGAUGACAACGUCAAAUGUGACACUCCUGCAGUUGCUGUGCUUUGUGUGUUCGGAGAGCCGAAAAUUAGAGUCUUUGUCCUCUGACAGGGGAUGGCGCAAUAUUGAUGCCGAGCUGAAUGAACUUGUGUCACACUGGCAAUCCUUUUCGCUAACGUUGCCGCUUUUGCUUGCUUUGCGGGAGUGCUAUCUCUUGGAGUUUUUAUUGGAUGCAGCGUUGCCACCCACUGUGUGCUCAGCCAAGUACGACGGCAUCGCCGCCGUGCUGCACGAGAAAAAGCGAAGACUGAUGACGGAGAUGAUGUCCAGUCGAACCGGGUUUGGUGCCAUGACGAAGGGCUUGCCUCUGCGUAGUUUGGCUGCCUUCGUUAGCAUGUCGGUGUUUGCAGAGCCGAAGCUGCGGGCUCGUGUGCUGGACCGGAUGACUGGCGAGGGAUUACUGCAGACGCUUCGGAGCGAGCUGACGCAGGCGGUGGCAGACUCUAUGCGUCUCAUGACAAGCGAGGACGCCGCUCCAUCCUCGCCCACGAAGUUGCACUCACCUUUGCGAAGCACAGGCGAAGACGCUUAUUUUUUGCAAUCGGAGCUCAAGCGAGUCCGCGGGGAGAAAACACCACUGACGGUGGUGCAGGACUCACCUUUGCGUCGUUUGGGUUACUGUCUGGAGGUUCUGGGGUGCUUGACGGAGCCCAAUUUUGCCCGUGAGUCGACUUGCCCUACGACCGUGAGGGGGGUGGUGCGUGCAACGGCGUGGGCCUCGCAACUCGAAGACGUUCAAGCCAUAUGCACUUGCUUACUACACCUCUCUGCCCUGCUUGAGGGCGGCACGCCGUUUUCUAGUCUACGUCCGCUGCAGGAGCAAGUGAUGGAGUGUGUUUGCCAAAUUUCCAGUUAUAGUGCCGUUCUGUACGGCGUUGUGGUGGAGACGCUUGACGACGCCCUCAGUGAGCGCGGCCGAGGCCGUGCGUCUGGGCAGCGGGACACCACGGCUCCUUUACUGCCACUUCUCGUAGAGCUGUUGCGCCUCAAACAACACGCGGAUGCGAACAGCAGCAGUGUGGGGCGAUGGUUUACGUGGUUGACGGAGUGUUUGGUGCCGCAGGCGUUCGACGUGCCGCUCCUCACGUGCAACAGGACCGGCAACGGGCGCUUGUGGUCAAGAGGGGCAAGGCGAAGAGCAUCCACCUCACGCCGUGAUGCACCCGUCUUAGCACGGAAUCUGCGUCGUGAGGAAAUACACUCGUUAUCCCCCUACUUCCGCUUUGCCACGCGGCUUGUGUUGGAAACAACGUGGCGCCACGGGGCGGAACCCUUUCUUGCACGCAUUGCACUGCUUGCUUACAAUGUUGUUCUUACACAGGCACGGAGGCCGAAUCUUGUCUUUGGCCAGGCCUCUGCUUGCUACGACGCAGUUGCCCCACUUUUGGAGACUUCAUACGGCGUACUUCCCGGCGAGUCGGCGCUAAUUUCUAGCGAUUUGUUUGGCACGCCCACGCGUUCUAGCGGAAAGUCUCCGGGUCGCUCCUCACAGUUGGGAGGGAAACGGAGCCGAUCCAUGUCUGGGGGUGCGACAGGCGCCGACGACGAAGUCUUUGUUGCAAGCCCAAGUCAAUCCCCGUUGUUUUUAGAGGCCUACUCCCCUUCUGCCCUUGAGGCCGAGAGGGACAGAGAUUCGGAUGGAGGUUCUAGGGACGACGGCUCGCCUUCUUGUGGUCUUACGGCGCCAUUGUGGCGGCAGCGACUUUCGCUCUCCGUCUUUCUUGCCUCAUCCGGGGCGUGCCUUCCCAACUGA